AUGGCAUUGAAAAUGCUAAUCGGGAUGUCUCCAUUCAAGUUAGUCUAUGGCAAGGCAUCUCACUUUCCCGUGGAACUAGAACACAAGGCAUUUUGGGUGAUCAAACAACUUAAUAUGAAUGCGCAACUUGUUGUAGAAAGACGAUUAUUAGAGCUAAACGAGAUGGAUGAAUUUAGAGUUGAGGCGUAUGAGAAUUCCCGUCUUUACAAAGAAAAGACAAAGAAGUGGUACGACAGAAAACUUUUACCACGGAAAGUUUUUCCGGGGAAACAAAUACUUCUCUAUAAUUCAAGGCUCAAGUUGUUCUCAGGCAAGAUGAAGUCCAAAUGGUCGGGACCUUUUAUAGUGCAUCAAGUGCAUAGCCAAGACGCAAUUGAAAUCACAAACCUGAAUGAUGGGAUGACAUUUAAGGUGAAUGGUCAAAGAUUGAAGGCGUACAAUGGAGCACCGAUUAUGUGUGACAAAUCGGCAUCACUACUCAACGGCACCCAAGAGUUUGCUCAUCUUCCCUAA